GCCGGCACAGGAGGAGUCGCUGCUCCGGUUUGUCCUGUAACUCCUUGUGCAACAAAAGAAAGUAAUUUACAACUCGACGCAAAAUGAAUAAAACAACCCAGUGAUACAACGGAGGCGAACAAGGAAUGAUUUCAUUUACCACAUCUUUCAUAACCACUCCGACCGGCAACUGAAGGUGGUAAUACUCUCCAACACAUAAAAGGAAAACUGGAAGACGACUUCGUCUACAACAUGUGGAGCGGCUAAUACUUUGUCGUUGUUAGCUAAGUCACAGCUUGUUUUAGCGUUUGUCACCACGGUGGCACGACGGAAAUAGCCGAAAGAGACACAAAGUGCUACAGGCAGGGUAAGGUAGAUGGAACCCCAGCUGCUGUGCUGUGAGGGGGACAGGCCUGCCAGGGCCUACCGGGACACCAACCUGUUGACCGACCGUGUCCUGCGUGCGCUCUUGCGGGCAGAAGACAAGUACCUCCCCGCUCCCAAUUACUUCAAAUGCGUCCAGAGAGACAUCGCUCCGUACAUGAGGAGGAUAGUGGCUACCUGGGUGCUGGAGGUGUGUGAGGAGCAGAAGUGUGAGGAGGAGGUUUUCCCUCUGGCUAUGAACUACAUGGACCGCUUCCUGUCUGUGGAACCCACCAAGAAGAACCACCUGCAGUUACUGGGAGCUGCCUGUAUGUUCCUGGCAUCCAAACUGAAGGAGACAAUCCCACUCACUGCUGAGAAACUCUGCAUCUACACAGACAACUCUAUCACACCUACUCAGCUGCUGCAAAUGGAGCUGCUGGUUCUGAACAAGCUGAAGUGGGACCUGGCUUCAGUGACCCCUCUCGACUUCAUCGACCACUUCCUUUUUCAGCUGCCUGUCAGGAGAGAGAGCAGGCCCAUACUCAGGAAGCAUGCUCAGACCUUUGUGGCGCUGUGUGCUACAGACGUUAAAUUCAUAGCCAGCCCUCCAUCCAUGGUAGCAGCUGGGAGCCUGGUGGCAGCAGUGGAGGGCUUACAAAUGAAGAUGGUGGGUAAUGCCAUGAUGUCGCAGAAACUGACAGAGCAGCUGGCGCAGACCAUCAGGAGUGACCCGGAUUGUCUCAGGGCGUGUCAGGAACAAAUCGAGUCACUGCUGGAAACCAGUCUCAGACAGGCACAACAGCAACACUCCGUUACCAUGGAAACUAAGAACAUGGGAGAGGGGCAGGACCUCUCAACUACGCCCACAGAUGUCCGCGACAUAAACAUCUGACCGAGACGAGACAAGAGACACAGGUUGAACUGACAGAGUGGAUUGUCAUCUUUGACACACACAAAUACAAAAACACACACGGCUGUGCUUUACUUGAUGCUGUGUGUGUUUGUGUGUGUGUUGGAGCUCUCACAAGUAACUGGUCUCAACGGUAUGUCAGAACUGUGUGUGUGAAGACCAGUGUGAACCGUGGAGGACGACCAGAAAGAGUUGCUGACUGGACACCGUCACAUCCAGAAUAACAACAGCUGAGACUGGAAUGUAGCUAACACUGAGGGAAUGACAGAGUAAUGCAUGUUAAAUGCAGCUUCUUACCUGUGGGUGACCUGUACCUUCCACUGAACCCUGGUCAGAUAAGCAGGGUGCAACCAGUUCAGGAUGCACCCGUCAAGGUGUUGUUUCGAGGACUAGGAGACCUGUCUGAACCUGCUCCCAGAUUAAAACUGUCCAGCCUCAGACACUGAAACUACUUGUUGUUUUUUGAUGGGCAUGGACGCACAUUUAGCCAACAUUUAAUGAUCGCACGUCAUAAUGCUCCAGAGCCAGCUCUCUGCUAAAAGUGAACAGUAACACUGAUUUAUCAGGUGACCCACUCGUCCCGACUGAAGUGUUGAAGCAGCUCUCAGGUGAUUGAAUGGAACAAAAAGUGAUGUAACAUCCUGUCAAAUGUGUGUUUGGAGAUGACAGUUUCCUGGAAAGUGUUAAAACUAGCCUAUUCUGAGUUCUGUGUUUUACUUCACAUUAUGUGUUAUUUAUCAUUAACCUAUACUGUGUUAUACAGUCAUUUUAAAACAUGAUCUGCAGCCAUCUAAUGUCCCGACAGGCUAAGAGGCCAAUUUAAGAUGCCUUUCUUCAUUUUAAGGGCCUUUUGACUAAAAAAAGAAAUAUGACAAAUAGCUUGUAUUCAUAAGUUUGAAGAUUAGGAGUAAAAAUGAAGGAAAUGUACAUUUAUCUUUCAUUUUUAUCAGUUUGAUAAAUACAGUUCCCUGAUCAAUAUGUAAAGUAAGUUUAUCAUCAGACAGUUGCCAAAAGCUUCAGGAUAUACUGUAGAUUACAGUAAUGUUAAAAGUGGCAUUCACAUAAGAUCAAAAACCACCAUAAGAUCUAAUCAGCACAGAUGGAAAGGUGCUAUAAAGUGAAAGCACUGUUCCAGUGUGAUGCAGCGUGGUGCACAGCGGAGUGGGACGCAGCCAGUUUUGGAUUGCUGGGCAUUCAUUUUGUGUUUCCUGUGUGCAUAUAAAGCAAAAACACUAAGAGUAACAUGGUAUAGAGUUUUUGAAGACUAAUGAUUUCAGAUGUUUCCUACCUUAAUGUGGUUGCUGCUGUCUGUGGUUGUUGUCCUAUGUCAGUCCACUGAAAAACGUCAUUAGAAGCUUCAGGAGCUCAGUAUAGGAUUCAUUGUUUGUGAGUCCGACAGGACCAAACAAAUCUUUUUUUCUUCCAACUGCAUGUUCAGCAGGUCUUUCUGUUCUCCUGAAAAAAAGGGAUGAAGCAGUACUAAUUUUGUACGACAUCAGGUGCACAUCUUUAUUUUGCUUGAUAUUUAUUAUAUCACUUUUACAGGAACUUUACAACUAAACGUUGUACUGAAAUAGAACAAAGUGUCAAAGAGUUCAUCUGUCUUCAGCUGCUCUACUAACAUUCCCACACAGAUGGUCUUUGAGGGUACUAAUAUUUUGCUUCUUGAACAGAGAAGCCACAACUAAAUCUUUGUACCUGUGAACUUUAUUAGGGUUUUUUUUAAAGGGUAUUUCCUGUGACAUAAGCUUGUAUCAGGUUAAGAUCGAUGUUGAUGCUUUCUGUCUGAGGACAGAGUGUAAAGAUGAAUUAAAGAACAAUUGUCUGAUAAAACAUGUGUUUGCACCUGUUGGUAAUGUAUGGUGUUUAUGAUUUCUGGGCCUAUUUUGAUAUGUAAUGAUGUCAUUUUCACUGGUGGAUGAAGUGAUGUCCGGUUUCAGUGAUCUUAAACCAAUAACCCAAUGGUCACACCAGGAAGUGAUGUCAAAAUUCUGAUGCGGGUAAAGAAUAAAUAUUUAUCAGAGCAAUCACAAACUGGAACGAAUGUGUGAGAGCAAUGUUGUGCUUUGUAGACUGGUGGUAUAAUGUGGUAUACUGUGCUAAACGUUUGUCACCCGAACACUGUUGGUGCCUGCAAAUCACAAAGAGGACAGG